CCCUCGCUUCUCGAUUCUGGGUGAAUAGAUUGUGCUUCUCGAUUUGUCUGAGAGAGAGAGUCCGAUUCUGAUUCACGCUUAUGGAGAAGAGGGAUGAUGAUGGAAGAUUGCGCUCAUCGAAGAGAGAGCUCUUGCAUAACGAAGAAAAAAGUCUAGAAGGUUUGAAUCCAAGAGGUUGUAGAACAAAGAAAUAAGCUUGAAGAAAGAAAAGAACUGAACUGGAAGCGAGAAUCAAGAAACAAAAACCCAUCGUGCGUGCAUUUUUAGUUGUUUUAGUAAUUUCACCUUAUGCUGCUAUAAGCAAAAAGCCAAAAGCCAAAAAUCGUAAAUUGUUGAAAGUCGAAUCUCAUUUGGGUCCCUGAAAAUAGGUCACUGAUAAAGAAGUUUGCCCCCCAUAAAUAAAAAAUCACUUCAAGACGACAGAGUAUAAAAGAAUGACCGUGGUUGAUGGUUUGAUUUUUUAACUUAUUGAGUACUAAGGAUACCAUGCCAGCAUAUACCGUGGUUGAUGGUUUGAUCUCUCCUGUAAUGAUUGAGCAAAAAAGAAAAGAAAAGAAAAAAAAAAAAACUACAGAUCUUCACUUCUUUAUAGUUCUGGUUUUUCCUAAUUUAUCUCACCCCUGGAAGGUUGAAGAAGAUCACUCUGCCCAUUCUCUUUCUGAUUUCUUGAUCAUUGCUUCGAAUCUUUUACAGACCCAUCGCCAAAACAGUAGAUGUGUCGCUUUCGCUUACAUUUGGGUAUUAUUUUUCUUACGUUUUCCGAGUUUUUCCCACCUCCCGGACAAAACCCAUAAAAUAGAAAGUCUCGUCUCUUAGCCCAGAAAUCGAUAGCUUAUGACCCACCAUAAAUUUCUGUGUUCAACUUGGUAACUGUUGGCUUAUCGACCAAAAUUAUUGGUAUGAUGUUCAUAUCCAAUCCUGAAUCCUUCGGUAUUUGUUUACUUCUGAUCUAAUUCUAGAUGGGUUUUGAAAUUGGGUUUCGUUUCACAGAUUGAUUGAAGAGCUUUCUGCUUCUGAGCUUUCGAAACUGAACUCUGAUUAUCGAUUGCACAUUUGGGAUGUUUACAGAUGACCCUUAUGCUGAGGAUUUUUCUUUUCUGAGAUAUUGGAAAUUGUUUGAACAAUGUCUGCUUAUGGGAAUGAAAUGGAGCGCCAGUUCUCUACUCAGAGUCAUUCUACUGGGGGAAGUUCUGGGAAUUCAGAUAUGGGAAGCCGCUAUAUCAUAGAGUCGGGAUUCUACAUGGCACCUUUAACAGCAACAAUUUUCAUUGGUGCACUAGUUACUGUUGGAGUGUUACUUAUCACUUUACUGGUCUCAUUGACUGUAAUGUUGCAAUAUUGUCAAAACAGAAGUGGAGGAAUUGUUGAGAUUCAAAAAUCAAGUGUUGAUUAUGACUAUUGCAAGGCUCUAUCUGUGCAUUUGGAGCUAAAUAGCCUGGAAACAGAUGGGAUACCUUCAUUUUGCAAGGAUGUUUCCAUUCAAUACAUUAAAAGCGGGCAAUAUGAAAGAGAUUUGUAUUCUAUACUGCAGGUGGUUGACAAGUAUUUCUGUAGUGCUGCCAAAGUAGGCAACAGUCAAGAUAUCGUGCUGAUGGACAUAGAUGACCUUCUUUUCACUAACCGUGAUUACAACGACCUGCUAAUCUCUAGUAGUUGUGUCGACCAGGCCAAGAGAUUGAAGCAAAACUUUCUUCUAAAAUUGUACAAGAAACUCAGAUCUUGCAGAUGGCCUAUAACCUUAAUAUCAAGAAAGUCAGACGUUAAUAGGAAUGCCACUAUUGAACAUCUUACUUCUGCAGGGUAUAAAGGUUGGCUACAGUUGAUUAUGAGGAUGGAUGAUGGAAUGAAGAUAGAUCAUCGGGAAUACUUCAGUCAGCAACAAGCUGUAUUGCAGAACGAGGGAUUCCGUGUUGUAGGUGUGAUGAGCAGCCACAUGGAUGCCUUGUCAGCACCAUCAGUUGGAACUCGUAUUUAUAAGCUUCCAAACCCCAUGUACUUAAAUAUCAAUCAUCAAAAAUUGAGUAAACACACAAAGAAAGUGAUUUACUCUGGAAAUUUGUUGUCAUGUGAGCCAUUCCAAGAUAUUGCACGGUAUAAGUCAAUUUAGGCUUCUCUACAGCUGGUUGAGUCUCACACAAGUUCUCUUAUGUAAAAUGGUAAAAAAGAAGCACAUACAGUCGGAGGAGUUGCUAUGGAUCAUCAUGUUCAUGCCAUUCAAUGGAGGCAAUCACGAAUGUAAGGAGACAGUUGCAUGUUCAUUUUGUUGUAUAUAAUUUGAUUUUGUGAUGAGUUUCACACAAUCCUACAUUCCUCGUCUUCAACGGCAUCGACACCAACAGCCAGGCACCAGCAGCUGUACACAUUAUUUGUUAUAUUAUGCCCUCUUCUCCAUGUUCAUACCAAUUUGUUUGCUGACCAAGAAAUUUUCAACAAUUUCUUUGUUUGACACCUUUCGGUUUUUACUUCCCUA